AUGGAUGGUUCUGCGGAGGAGCAAGGAGGGGCCAGCAACGGCGGGAUGUUGUACCACGAGGUACAAGAGUCGAAGCUGUGCGCGGUCCACUGCGUGAACACGGUCCUGCAGGGGCCUUUCUUCUCGGAGUUCGAUCUGGCGGCGCUGGCCUCCGAUCUGGACCGCACGGAACGACAGAUGAUGGCCGGCUCCGUCACCGGAGACUACCUGCCGGAGGUCUCGCACAACGUCUCCCUCGAUGGGGACUUCAGCAUUCAGGUUCUUCAGAAAGCUCUAGAAGUGUGGAACUUGCAAGUGAUCCCUCUGGACAGCCCAUCAGCCGGCCCGGCACAAAUCGACCCUGAAAAGGAAAACGCCUUCAUAUGCCACCUGCACGACCACUGGUUUUGCAUCCGCAAGGUCAAUGGCGAGUGGUACAAUUUCGAUAGCCUUUACCCGGCUCCCGAGCACCUCUCUCGAUUCUAUCUCUCGGCCUAUCUCGACUCUCUCAAGAGCUCUGGGUGGAGCAUUUUUCUCGUGAGAGGCGAUUUCCCGAGCGACUGUCCUAUCGCGUCUUCCGAGACGACCGGCGGCUAUGGCCAGUGGCUGCUCCCGGAGGAUGCCGAGAGGAUGACUAAAUCCGGUGGCAUGGCGGCGGUUUCCGACGAUGACGAGGAUUUGAAAGCGGCAAUUGCUGCCAGCCUGGCGGAGUGCGGGACGGGUGGUGGGGCCCGGCCUGGGGACGAAGGGGAGAAGGGUGAGGAGGAGAAAAGGGAAUGA